AUCUGUAGCGGUCUCCAUCAGCACCUGUCCGCUCUCAGCCAAUCAGCAGUCUUCCUGUCCUCUGCCUCACCUCACUCUGACACAUUAAAGCCCCACAAACACCUAUCGGCGGAGCUCCGCCUCCUCAAGGAUGACACACUUCCCCCGGUCAGCGUGGCGUCAGAGCUGCUGGCCGCUCCGUCGGGCGUAGGUGUCUCUGAUGGGGGGAGAUGAGCGCCACCAGCAGCACCAGACUGAGCCCCAGUCCCAACCUGCUGCAGCCCAACCAGCCCAACCAGCCCAAGCGCUAUGGCUCCACGCUGUCUCUGGAGGAGAAGUGUGAACAGUCUUUCUUCCUCUUCUACUACUACAGGAUGGAGGACGAGGCGGUGCUGGACCGCGGGGCGUCCCUGCUCAAGAAGGUCUGCGACGAGGAGGAGGUGGAGGGCCACCACACCAUCUACAUCGGCGUCCGGGUGCCCAAGAGCUAUCGGCGUCGCAGGCGCCACCGCCGGAGAGCCGGCCACAAGGACAGAAAGGAGAGGUUGACGGAAAACGCCUCUGACAAGUCGGACACAGAAAACAACGAUGAGGCCAGCACCAGCAUCCUCAAACCGCUCAGUGGAUCAAGUUUGAGGAGAAGGUGGAGAAAGGAGGAGAGCGCUGGAGCAAGCCCCACGUGGCCACGCUGUCCCUCCACAGCCUGUUCGAGCUGCGCACGUGCAUAGAGAAGGGCACCAUCAUGCUGGACCUGGAGGCGUCCACUCUUCCUCAGGUUGUUGAAAUGAUCACCGACAACCAGAUCGAGAUCGGCCAGCUGAAGCCGGAGCUGAAGGACAAGGUGAUGUACACGUUGCUACGGAAACACCGCCACCAGACCAAGAAGUCCAACCUGCGCUCGCUGGCUGACAUCGGCAAAACGGUCUCCAGUGCAAGUAGGCUGUUUUCCAACCAGGACAACGCCCGCAGUCCUCUUGAGAACUCGGUGACUUGCCUGUCAGGUCACAUCUCAAUGGAGGACCUGCAGAACCAGAGAAGUGCCAGCAUGGACUGGCUCAACAGCCCCACCACCGCCCACCGGAACCUGGCCUCCAGCAGCCUGAACGACAUCUCCGACAAACCGGAAAAGGAGCAGCUGAGGAACAAGUUCAUGAAGAAGUUGCCCAGAGACGCCGAAGCCUCCAAUGUGCUGGUGGGGGAGGUGGACUUCCUGGACGCUCCCUUCGUGGCGUUUGUUCGUCUGUCGCAGGCCGUGAUGCUGGGCGCCCUGACCGAGGUUCCUGUUCCCACAAGGUUCCUUUUCAUUCUGCUGGGACCCAAAGGCAAAGCCAAGUCCUACCACGAGAUCGGCAGAGCCAUCGCCACGCUGAUGUCAGACGAGGUCUUUCAUGACAUAGCCUACAAGGCCAAGGACAGGCAGGACCUGCUGGCUGGGAUCGACGAGUUCCUGGACGAGGUGAUCGUGCUUCCUCCGGGGGAGUGGGACCCCACCAUCAGGAUAGAGCCCCCCAAAAGCCUCCCCUCCUCUGAUAAAAGGAAGAACAUGUACGCUGGAGGAGACUCUCAGAUGAACGGAGACAUGCCUCAUGACGGGGGUCACGGAGGAGGGGGCCACGCCGUGGGGGACGAGCUGGAGAAGACUGGGAGGUUUUGUGGCGGUCUCAUUCUGGACAUCAAGAGAAAAGCGCCGUUCUUCAUCAGCGACUUCACCGACGCCUUCCACAUCCAGGCCCUGUCAGCCAUUCUCUUCAUUUACCUGGGAACCGUCACCAACGCCAUCACCUUCGGCGGCCUACUGGGGGACGCCACUGAGAACAUGCAGGGGGUGCUGGAGAGUUUUCUGGGCACGGCCAUCGCCGGCGGAGUCUUCUGUCUGCUGGCGGGUCAGCCUCUGACCAUCCUCAGCAGCACCGGUCCGGUUCUGGUGUUUGAGCGGCUGCUCUUCAACUUCAGCAGAGAAAACGACUUCGACUACAUGGAGUUCCGGCUGUGGAUCGGCUUGUGGUCGGCGUUCUUCUGCCUGGCGCUGGUGGCCACGGACGCCAGCUUCCUGGUGAAAUACUUCACUCGCUUCACAGAGGAGGGCUUCUCCUGCCUCAUCAGCUUCAUCUUCAUCUACGACGCCUUCAAGAAGAUGCUGAAGCUGUCUCACCACUACCCCAUCAACUCUGACUACAGGCUGGACGACGUCACUCAUUACGACUGUCUCUGCAUGACGCCCACCAUCACAGAAAACGAAACAGGGACCCUCGAGUCCUCAGAAAGCAUGUCCAUCUGGUACUGGAACAACACCGGCCUGCCGCUGAACGCCACGUGGUCGUCCCUCUCAAAGACGGACUGCCUGAAGUACAAGGGCGAGUUGGUGGGAAAAGCCUGCGAGUUCGUCCCGGACAUCACCCUCAUGUCCUUCAUCCUUUUCUUCGGUACCUACACCUGCUCCAUGGCUCUGAAGAAGUUCAAAACCAGCCCCUUCUUCCCCACCACAGUGAGGAAACUCAUCAGUGACUUCGCCAUCAUCCUGGCCAUCCUCAUCUUCUGUGGAGUCGAUAUGCUGGUGGGGGUGGAAACUCCCAAACUCAUCGUGCCAACCGAGUUCAAGCCAACCAGCCCAAACCGGGGCUGGUUUGUGCCCCCGUUUGGAGGAAACCCCUGGUGGGUGUACCUGGCGGCGUCCAUUCCUGCUCUGCUGGUCACCAUCCUGCUGUUCAUGGACCAGCAGAUCACGGCUGUGAUCGUCAACAGGAAGGAGCACAAGCUGAAGAAAGGAGCGGGGUACCACCUGGACCUGUUCUGGGUGUCGGUGCUGUUGGUGGUCUGCUCCUUCAUGGGUCUGCCGUGGUACGUCGCCGCCACCGUCAUCUCCAUCGCUCACAUCGACAGUCUGAAGAUGGAGACGGAAACGUCGGCUCCCGGAGAGCAGCCCAAGUUCCUGGGCGUGAGGGAGCAGAGGGUCACCGGCGUGUUCGUCUUCAUCCUGACCGGCCUGUCCGUCUUCAUGUCUCCCAUCUUGAAGUUCAUCCCCAUGCCCGUGCUCUACGGCGUCUUCCUCUACAUGGGCGUGGCCUCUCUGAACGGCGUGCAGUUCAUGGACCGCCUGAAGCUGCUGCUGAUGCCGGCCAAACACCAGCCGGACCUGAUCUACCUGCGACACGUUCCUCUCAGGAAGGUGCACCUCUUCACCUUCAUCCAGGUGCUCUGCUUGGCUCUGCUGUGGAUCCUCAAGUCCACGGUGGCCGCCAUCAUCUUCCCCGUCAUGAUCCUGGCUCUGGUCGCUGUGAGGAAAGCCAUGGAUUACAUGUUCUCCCAACACGACCUCAGCUUCCUGGAUGACGUGAUUCCAGAGAAGGACAAGAAGAAGAAGGAGGACGAGAAGAAGAAGAAGCUGGGCAGCCUGGACAGCGACGCUGAAGAUUCUGACUAUGCUUACAUAGAGAAGCUCCCCAGUAUAAAAAUCCCCAUGGACAUCAUGGAGCAGCAGCCCUUCUUAGGUGACAAAGCUUCUGACCGAGACAAGCCCCUGUCAUUCCUUGACCAACACACGACGUGCUGAGCAGCGGCGGUACUACCAGGACAGCUACUUAUCCAGCCCUGAGAUGAGCCCCCUGAAGUCUGUGCCUCAGAUUAGGAUAGAAAUGGAUCCGGAUGAAGAGAAUUCGUUCUACUGGAGGAGAAGAGGAUCUGAAACGUCUCUGUGAGGGACCCCCCCCCCCCACUGAAGGACUGUACUCUGAAGGGGGGGGGGCUCACAAAAGGGAAGGUGACCCGGACUUCUGGUUCUGUCCUGCUGGAGCUCUGCCGGUCCGUCUCGUCGGCGUCCUCGCCGCUCAGAUACUCGUCUAUGCAACGUCUCCUUGUUGAUCCCACGCCGCUCAUGCCCCGCCCCCCCCCCUGUUUUUUUCUACACUGACAUGUAAAAGUAUAAAUGAGUUUUUGUAUCCGUGAUCCGACUUCAGUCAUAGCUGGUUCUGUUUGUGCAGGGGCGGGGCUUGGAGGGAUCUGCUGUGUGUUGUUUUAGUUCAGUCGGUAACAGUGCACGUACGUGCACAGUCUUAAUCUUUCUAACUGAUCAAGUUUUAUCGAUGAAUUCUGUUUUUUAUGAUUGACGUGUGCACGCCACGCGGCGCCAGCACUUCCUGUCUGGUUUCUGUUGGGGGGGGGGUCAUAACCCAUCAUAAGAACGAACAAACGUUACGUUAAAUCCCUCCGAUUCCCUCCGAUUCCCUCCGAUUCCCUCCGAUUCCCUCCGAUCUGCGAGCAGAGGUCACUUCAGGUUGUUUCAGAAUUAAAGGGAUCAUUUGGAUUUUAGGACCAGAACUCGUUUUGGAUCCGGAUUUGUCUGGGUUCAGAGACCAGAUCGUCUGUCUCUGAUGCGGCUCCUCAGAAUCCAAAUGUUGUCAGAGAAACCAGGAAGGAGAACCUCUUCUUUCCUGAUCAGGAGGCUCCAGAAACCGGAUUUUCAAACCUUUAAAUUCUUUGUUAAAAUGAUCUUCACCGUUUUUUCAGCACUUCUGAUCCUUAUCGUUUUAAGAUUCUAAUAAUUACUGAAAUUUCAUUGACAUAGAUUACUAUGCUUUACCCCCCCCCCUGAACUCAGUUCUCAGAAUUCCGAUUUCUCCCAAUCAAACUGCGUUCACAUGUAUUCGUCCCUUUUUGACCCUGAUGGUCUUCAGAUCCUUUGAGCUUCCAAUGGGUCUGACCCCGCCCACAGGAUUCAGGGGGCGGGGUCAGACCCAUCCUUCAGGAACUUUUGGACUUUUAUACCACAGGAAGUACAGACACACCUGCAUGUUUAGCUCAUUAGAAUUCAUUCCACCUUAAAUCCCUGUUUUCCUCUGGAAGGUUCUGGUUCUCCUCCAUCAACAGGAACGAUGCAGAAACCUUAUUUUAAUACAAUAAUCGAAGCACGCAUUGAUUAACUUUCUAGCGCGGGUGAGCCGGGUUCUGUUAGAGUUUCUAUUUUUCAAAUGAAUCUUGAAAAUAAACAUUUAUCAAACACUGA